CCAGUCAACAACACAGAGCUCAUCUGUUGGGAAGUCGGUGGAACAAGACUACUGGAGAGACUUUUCUCUGCUAGCUUGCCAGUUUUGCUAGCCCUUUACAGUAUAAGCCGUCCAUAGGGGGAAAAGGGAACCCAACUUUCCAAUUAGUCUUUUUUUGUUUUGUUGUUUCGCUUCUCCUCAAUUGUCAACUAAUGGGUAGUUCAACUAUAUAAAGAGGACAUUAUUUGGUCUUGCUCCACAAAACUAGCGGAGGCAGCUUUUGAAAAGGUUGCGGCUAGCUCGCGAGCUAGCACUGGAGGUGAGAAAAUGGAGCUGGACGACGGAGUUCUGUACCAGGAUGACCCGGGCACGGCGGCUAUGAUGUCCGAACGGGUGUCGGGUCUGGCGAGCUCCAUUUACCGGGAGUUUGAAAGGUUGAUCGGAAAAUAUGACGAGGACGUAGUGAAAGAACUCAUGCCACUUGUGGUCGCUGUGUUAGAGAACCUGGACUCGGUGUUUGCUGUGAACCAAGAGCACGAAGUCGAACUGGAGCUUCUAAAAGAGGACAACGAGCAACUUAUUACCCAGUAUGAACGGGAAAAAGCCCUUAGGAAGCUUGCAGAAGAGAGGUAUAUAGUGUUUGAGGACUCCCAGGAAGGUGAGAGGAAGGACCUCCAGAGUCGAGUGCUGGGGCUGGAGUCACACACACGGCAGUUAGAGCUCAAGACCAAGAACUAUGCCGACCAGAUCAUCAGGCUGGACGAGCGCGAAGCUGAACUGAAGAAGGAGUAUAAUGCUCUUCAUCAGAGACACACAGAGAUGAUCCACAGUUACAUGGAACACCUGGAGAGAGCCAAACACCAGCACACCACGGCCCUGGAGGCCUCAGACUCCGGCCAGAUGAGCAGAUCACGGAAGGAUCGUCCCAUCUCCAUGGGGAUAUUCCCUCUACCAGGAAGUGAUGGCCUAACCCAUGAUCUGCAGCGAGAAACUGUGGAAACGCCUUCAGAGCCCUGGAGGUUCAACGACCUGAGCCACCCUCGCUGCAGCACCAGCCUCAAGCUGGAGGUGCGAGACUCCCCGAGCAGAGGGGAAGUUCAAAGUGCACAGGAUAGUUCAGCCAAUCAGCAGGCUGAACAGAACCAGGAUGAGAUGUCUAAUGUCAACCGUGGAGGCUCCAGAACUGGCACCCCCCUGUCCUCACAAGCAGGUGGAUCUAAGACUGGAAGCCCCCUGUCCUCACAUGGGCCAGCCUCCAAAUCCACCACCCCCCUGUCCUCACAAGGUGGUCCCUCCCAGUCCACCACCCCCAUGUCCUCACGAGGUGGUCCCUCCCAGUCCACCACCCCCGUGUCUUCCCACGGUGGCUCCAAAUCGGUCCCUCCCAUGUCCAGCCUGGGAGAGGUGUCCGGCUCAGACACACCCACGUCAGCAGCAACAUCUGACGUUGUCAUGGCGUCAGCAGGCAGCCUCCAGGACCAGGAAGCAGUGGAGGGUGUGAACAGAAGUGUAGGCUGGAAUGACAGACAGCAGGGUGACAGCGGGAACGCCUUGGAAGUGGAAGGUGGGGUAGAUGGACAGGAGGGGCAGGAGGGGCAGGGCUCACCAACAGCAUCCCCAUCAGGCGGUGGUGGAGCAGGCAGUGGGGACCAGUCGGAGGUGCAGGCCAUCAUAGAGUCCACUCCUGAGCUGGACAUGGACCUGAGUGGCUACCGUGGAGCCAGCACGCCUUCUAAAGGAGGCAUUGAGAACCUGGCGUUCGACAGGAACACCGAGUCGCUCUUUGAGGAGCUGUCCUCAGCAGGAAAUGACCUCAUAGGAGAUAUGGAUGAAGGGGCGGACCUACUUGGAAUGGGCCGAGAAGUGGAACAUCUCAUCCAAGAGAACACCCAGCUUCUGGAGACAAAAAACGCGCUGAACGUGGUGAAGAACGACCUGAUAGCGCGCGUGGAUGAGCUGGCGUGUGAGCGCGAGGCUCUGCAGGGGGAGCUGGAGGCUGUGACGCAGGCCAAGACCAGGAUGGACCACAAGUACAAGGAGAUGGAGGACGAACUCAAGAGGGUGCGCGCGGACCUGGAGGUGGCCAAGCAGAAGACUAAGAGUGAGGACGAUGAUAGUGACGUGCCCACGGCCCAGAGGAAGCGCUUCACCAGGGUGGAGAUGGCCAGGGUGCUGAUGGAGAGGAACCAGUACAAGGAGAGGCUGAUGGAGCUGCAGGAGGCCGUACGCUGGACCGAGAUGAUCCGAGCGUCGAGGGAAAACCCAGCUCUCACGGAGAAGAAGAAGUCCUCCAUCUGGCAGUUAAUAAGCUUCAGCCGCCUGUUCAGCUCGUCGGGGGGAGCGGCCAAGAAGCCGGCGGGGGACGCCCCGGUCAACGUCAAGUACAACGCCCCCACCGCCCAGAUCCAGCCCUCCAUCAAGAAGAAGAGCAGCGCCCUGCAGCAGCUGCCCAGCGACAAGAGCAAGGCUUUCGACUUCCUCAAUGAGGAGGCGGAGGUGGGCAACGUGGUGUCGCGCAGGGAGCAGAAGAGGGCGCAGUACCAGCAGGUCAAGGCUCACGUGCAGAAGGAGGACGGCAGGGUGCAGGCCUGCGGGUGGAGUCUUCCCCAGAAACACAAGGCGACCAAUGGCAGUCAGGCCGAGACCAAGACCAAGAAUCUCCCUGUCCCUGUCUACCUGCGGCCGUUGGAUGAGAAAGAUGCUUCUAUGAAGCUGUGGUGUGCAGCCGGUGUGAACCUGUCGGGGGGUAAGACCCGUGACGGGGGCUCGAUCGUAGGAGCCAGCGUGUUCUACAGCGACCUGCCUGGGGAGGCAGAGAGUCCUCUCAGGAAGACCGCCUCUCAGAACAGCCUGGACAAACUGGACCAGGAGUUAAAGGACCAACAGAAGGAGCUGAGGCAUCAUGACGAGCUGUCGUCUCUCGUGUGGAUCUGCACCAGCACCCACGCGACCACCAAAGUGGUCGUCAUCGACGCCAACCAGCCCGGCAACGUCCUGGAGAACUUCUUUGUGUGUAACUCUCACGUGCUGUGCAUCGCCAGCGUGCCAGGAGCCAGAGAGACAGACUACCCGGCUGGUGAGGAAGUGGUCCACAUGUCGGAGGCGGGGCCAGGGCCAGAGGACACGUCCCCGACAGCCGGCUCAGACAGUGGCUGCUCAGUGGGUGGGGACGGGGUCCUGGGAGGCAUCACUGUGGUUGGCUGCUCGGCCGAGGGGGUGUCGGCCGUUCCCCAGACAGCAGAGUUCAUGGCAGAGUCAGAGACGGAGUCCAAAGGAGCGGAGGAGGCUACCGAGGCUACUGAGGCCAGUGCUGGCCCAGCAGGUUCCCCAGCAGGACAGGGUGUGGGACAGGGUGUGGGAGGAGGAUACACAGAACACAUCUUCACUGACCCACUGGGGGUCACACACUCAGACCCACCCUCCAGCUACACACAGAGGGAGUGUGACCUGGUAAAGGAUGGGGUGAGCCCAGUGCCCAGCCCAGAGGAGCCAGACCUGAUGAGAGAGGAGGCCCAGAAGAUGAGCAGCGUUCUGUCCACCAUGUGGCUGGGGGCUCAGAACGGAUGUGUGUAUGUCCACUCCUCGGUGGCUCAGUGGAGGAGGUGUCUCCACUCCAUCAAGCUGAAGGACUCCAUCCUGGGCAUAGUGCACGUGAAGGGCCGUGUGUUGGUGGCGCUAGCUGACGGCACCCUGGCUAUCUUCCACAGAGGAGUUGACGGCCAGUGGGACCUGACUAACUACCACCUGCUGGACCUGGGCCGGCCACAUCACUCCAUCCGCUGCAUGACGGUGGUCCACGACAAGGUGUGGUGUGGCUACAGGAACAAGAUCUAUGUGGUCCAGCCCCAGGCCAUGAAGAUAGAGAAGUCCUUUGACGCCCACCCUCGUAAGGAGAGCCAGGUGCGGCAGCUGGCGUGGGAGGGUGAUGGGAUCUGGGUGUCCAUCCGUCUGGACUCCACCCUCAGGCUGUUCCACGCCCACACCUACCAGCACCUCCAGGAUGUGGACAUAGAGCCCUACGUCAGCAAGAUGCUGGGUACGGGGAAGCUUGGCUUCUCGUUCGUGAGGAUCACAGCCCUCAUGGUGUCUUGUAGCCGUCUCUGGAUCGGCACCGGCAACGGAGUGAUCAUCUCCAUCCCUCUAACGGAGACAGCCAAUAAGAUUGCUCCAGGUCCAGGUACUCACCCUGGGGGCGUGGUCCGUGUGUAUGGCCAUGACAACAGUGAUAAGGUGACAGCUGGAACCUUCGUCCCCUUCUGUUCCAUGGUUCACGCACAGCUGUGUUUCCAUGGACACAGAGACGCUGUCAAGUUCUUCACUGCAGUCCCAGGUCAGGUGAUGGCGUCAGCGGCGGGCGGGGGAGACCAGGCGGGGGGGGAGAGGGACUCCCCCUCCCAGGAGCUGGAGAGGUCUGUGCUGGUGAUGAGUGGAGGAGAGGGCUACAUCGACUUCAGGAUGGGUGAUGAGGUUGGUGAAAACGAGGAGAUGGAUGAACCCACUCUGAAGUUGCAGCCCUUCCUGGCCAAAGCUGAGCGCAGUCACCUGAUCGUGUGGCAGGUCAUGGCCAACCAGGACUGACUGACCAACCCCCCUCCUGAUCGUGUGGCAGGUCAUGGCCAAUCAGGACUGACUGACCAACCCCCCUCCUGAUCGUGUGGCAGGUCAUGGCCAAUCAGGACUGACUGACCAAUCCCCUCCUUCAGACAGUGUCGACACUUACCCAGACCUGAGACCAGCCCACUCACUCUGAACCAUACCUCACUAGAGGAAGCAGGAACUGUCCAAUCAGAUGCAUCGAUUUGUUUCCUGAUUAUUAUUUUAUUUUUCAUUUCAUGGAUUGCAAUUGAAUUUGAUAAAAUCCACUUGCUCUUCCGUUAUUGCUGUUGUUUUAUGUUGUGGCUAUUCAGUCUGAAGUUUGGUUUAUUGUCUUGAUUUUGUUUUAUGAGCUUUUGGAUUUCUUGCAUGCAUCUACUUUUAUCAUCAUUGUGUCCUCUGAGUUGGUGCAGUCCAGAUACUAUGUGCUGAUUGGUUGACUGUCCAGAUGCUGUGUAGUUGGUGGUUGGACUAGGCAUUGUGUGGUGAUAGGUAGAUUGUUCAGAUAUUGUGUGACAAUUGAUAGGCUGUGUAGACUGGUUAGAUA